UCAAAUGGAAUAAUUUCCGUCUCGUUGCUAAUCACGCUCUCUAUGAAACCUCUGAAAGCACCCUGAACGUCUUAAAUUAUUAUAAAUGUUAUAAAUGUGUCGAUAAGGUAUAAAAUUUAUACUUAAUGUCACGGAAAAUCUUGAAUUUUUAAUUUUUCUUUACCACGUCCAAAAUUCUUUUAACUUUUGAAAAGCUCACGACGACCCGAAAGUGUUAAUUCCCCGUGUUGGCGCAAGGAACCAAAAUAACUGUUUUUACUGCAAAAACCGCCAAAAAAUCAGAAGCAACAAAAAUGGGCAAGACGAAUAAGAAGAAAAAUGUUGGAGUGCAGAAUAAAAAGCCCACAACGAGGAAGGAACUCCGGAAGCAGAAGAGGCAGGAAAAGAAACGCAUAAAGCAUGUAUUUUUCUCCCAGAAGAAAGCAAAAGGUGUGCUGAAUGAGAAGAAAUCCGGUAAGAAGACAGAGAGAACGGAGAAGGCAGUUCAGCAGCCAAUAAUUUCUGAUGUAUCCGAUGAAGAAAUCCCAUCGGAUGAUGAAGUUUCCCUGCCUGGAGAUAAUUUGAAACGUCCGGAGAAACCUGUCCUUGAGAGUCCCAUGGAUCGUUUUAUAAAAGCCGCAGAGAAGAAGAAUAAAUUAGUCAAGGAGAUAACUGGUGGUUCCCGGAAGAGGAGAAUUGCUCAGCUAAAGGCGGAAAAUGAAAAGGAGGAUCGUCUCAUUCGGCAACUUGAGAAGAAAUUGAAAAUUGACAAGAAACGUGGCGAGAAAUCCGUGCCAAAAUGCUUCGAUGAUGGCUUUGACUACAUCCUCGAACUCUGCCUUCCGGAGAAUAUUAAUAAAAUGUACGAGGCUGCCAAGGAAGCUGCUGAUCUCGAUGAAGAGGCUAAUUGUUCAUCUUCUAACGGAGCUAAAGCUGGGACAUCGCAGAAAAAGGAGAAUAAACGAGAGAUUAGACUGAAAGAUGCUGAAAAGAAGUAUUUUGGAAACGAAAGUGAAUUGGAGUCGAUUGAUUCCGAGUUGGAGGAGGCAGAUGAAGAUGCUUUAGAAAACGGGGAAGGUUCAGAAGACGAUGAAGAUGCUUCAGAUAUCGAUGGGGGUUCAGAAGAAGAUGAAAGUGCUUCAGAAAACGGCGAGAACUCGGAAGAAGGAGAAUUUUCUGAUGAAAACAACGAGGAAGCUUCUGAAUCAGAGUCAGAGGACAACGAUCGUUCACACAGAUAUGUUCGUGCUCCAAAAUAUGAUUCAGACGAAUCAAAUCAGGACGAUUUCGAUGAAGAUUUUGAGGAGAAUUCGGAACAGAGUGGGGAAGAAGAUGAUGAUGAGGAAGAUCUAUCCGGAAAAGAAGAAAACUGGGAGGAUAUCUAUGGACGAAAGAGGGAUAAAGAAGGAAAUGUUGUGACUGAUUCAGUGACAAAUGGAAAAUACAUCCCACCCCAUCUAAGAGCAAAAAAGUCCACAGAAACAUCUGAAAGUCCAGAGAAGAGUGAGAAAAUCCAGAGACUCCGGAAGCAGCUAAAGGGAUGGCUCAAUCGACUUGCCGAGGCUAAUCUGGUGAAGAUUGCAAAGGAUACCGAAGAUCUCUAUAUGAAAAAUUCUCGUCAUGACAUGAAUCACACACUCUGCUCCCUAAUCCUCGAAUCCAUUGUCACUCCCACUGCUGCUGCUGAGAGAAUGGUCCUCGAACACUGCCUCUUUAUCGCUGUUCUCCAUGCAAAUGUUGGAAACGAAGUUGGAGCGCAUUUCCUCGAGGCUCUCGUGGAGAAAUUUGACACGAAACUCAAUCAAAUUGAAUCCUAUGACGUGGAGAAUAAGGAAUUGGACAAUGUUGUGCUCUUCAUCUGCCACCUCUACACGUUCCGUAUUUGCCAGCAUAGCCUGAUAUUUGAGAUGCUGAAGCGAGUCAGUGCUGAAUUGAGUGAAAAAUGCGUUGAAUGUAUUUUGGUGAUUUUGCGAUCAGUUGGAUUUGCUCUCCGGAAGGACGACCCGGUAGCCCUGAAGGACUUUAUCGGGGAAAUUCGUCAGGAGGCUGAGAAACUCCCGGAAGCACUCAAGGAAAAUGCGAGAUUAAAAUUCAUGCUGGAUAUUUUGGUUGCUGUGAAGAAUAACAACAUGCUGAAGAUACCCAACUACGAUCCUAGCCUUGCUGAACACCUCCGGAAAGUAUUGAAGGGAAUUCUCAAGAAUGGAAAGUACGUGACGACGCUCAACAUCACAAUGGAUGAUCUCUUGAGUACUGAUCAAAGGGGGAAAUGGUGGAUUGUUGGAUCUGCAUGGACAGGGAGGCAAUUAGACGGGCAGGAAGGCACAAGCACAUCAAGGGAUAAGCAAAGAUUCAGCCAGGAUAUGCUUGAACUCGCUAGGAAGCAUCGAAUGAACACAGAGGACAGAAGGAACGUCUUUUGCACACUCAUGACUGCCAAUGAUCAGACAGAUGCUGUUAAUCAACUGAUGGAGCUCUCAAUAAAGGAUAAUCGUGUGAUUGCCACCAUCCUCCUCUACUGCUGUAUAUGUGAACCAACCUACAAUGCUUUCUAUGCUGUUGUGGCAGAGAAACUAUGCUACACAGACCGAAAGCACCGCCUGGCCAUUCAAUUUGCCUCAUGGGAUAAAAUGAAGGAGCUGGGAAAUCUUACUGACCAACAAAUUGAGAACUUUUCCAAAUUUCUCGCGCAUCUCAUUGAGGAAGGAGCUCAACCGUUGUCAAUAAUCAAAGUCAUAGAUUAUGGGCAAAUUGACAGAGCUUCGGUUAAAUUAGUCCGGAGGAUCUUACUAACGAUUCUCCUGAAAGAUGAUUACACCUGCAAGAAGAUAUUCAGCAAAAUUGCUCCCAGUGCCCAACUGAAGCCAUUCAAGAACAGCAUCAAGCUUUUCCUUCAUCAAUUUCUACUGCAGAAAACCAAUAAAUUGGACUUACCCAAGGAGCAGCUUGAGGUUGUAAAGAGGCGCAUUGCAAUUGCCGAGGAAGCUAUAUCAGCGGACUCCAAGAUCCUCUUGAAAAAAAUGACUGAUCAGGAAGUUUCUGUGUAUUCCCUGAAAAAUACUUGCAGAUGUUGCUUGAAGAAGCUGGAAAAUGGGAUUGGGAUUGAUGAGGAAUAUGUUCAGGAAUCCUCAGAAGUUCGAGUCUUCCAGCAGCUUCAGCAUCUCGAAUUAAAGAUUGCCCUGGACGAUGGGAAGCCUCAGAAGAUUUGUACAGAAUGCUUUGGGCAUGUUAAAAUACUCUCAUCCUUCCGGAUACUCUGUCUCAAAUCUCAGGAGCUUCUAGAUAAUUUUUUUGGAAACACAACAAACCCAAAGAGUCCUACAAAAAGUUUUAAAAGUAUUACUAAAACAGAAGGAUCAGGGAGUCAGGAAGAUGACCAGAAUGAUGGUGAUAUCAUUAGUAUUUUUAAAGAUGAGCCAGAAAUUGAGUCUGACAACGAUCUGGGAAAUGAAGAUAAAGGAAUAGUUGAAGAAAACUUUUCAUCUGUAAAUGUUGAUGAGGAAACCAAAGAAAAUAAAGAAAUCCGUGAGAAGAAAGACAACGAGGAGCCUAGCUGGCGAUGGCUCAAAAGCGAAUUCCCCGAACUACAAGCAACGGACACUACAAAAGAUCCCAAAUCCUCCUUCAUAUGCAAUGUUUGUCAAGAAUCUUUCAGCGAAGAGUUGAAACUUCUGCAGCAUGUUGCCACUCAUCCAACAGAUGUGGAUCGUCCAGUUUCAAAGUACACCAUUUGCCACAUUUGUGACACGGAAUUCAAGGGAAAAGCUCAGUUGAGGCUCCAUAUGCGUACGCAUCAUCCCAAAGAGAGACCCCAUGCGUGCCCCAUUUGCCGUAAAACCUUCCAGAGUAUCUCCAAUCGCAACACCCACGUCCAAUCACACAACCAAAAUAACUCAUUCCGAUGCUCAAUCUGCAAUCAGGGCUUCAAGAGUAAGGUCUACAUGAAUAAGCAUAAGAAAUCCGUGCACGACAUCACGCAGCACGAUUGUCCGCACUGCCUGGCGAAGUUUACGAAUAAAGUUAAGUUUGAGUAUCAUCUCAAGUCCCACGACCCCAAUAAGAAGUACAAAUGCCGCUAUUGCGAGAAAUCCUUCAUCCAGCAUCAUCAUCUUGUCAAUCACGAGAGGACACACACCGGCGAGCGGCCGUACCUCUGCAAUCACUGCGGGAAGCACUUCAAGCAGGAAUGCAAUUUUAAGCUGCACCUGCGGUAUCACACUGGAGUGCGUCCCUACGUGUGUAGCCAAUGUGGGAAAGAUUUCGUUCAGAAGAGCUCUUUUGCGAUGCACAUGAGGCAGCAUACGGGUGAAAAACAGUGGCAAUGUGAACACUGUGGGAAGCACUUUAUCCAGAAAUCUAGUCUAGUUGUUCAUCUCAGAACUCACACAGGAGAGCGUCCCUUCAAGUGCGACAGCUGCGACAAGGCUUUCAUUCAGGCUCAGCAACUCAAGUACCACAAAUACACAUCCCACGAUGGGCCAGCGGUUGGAAAAGUCCGCGAUGCAGCAGUUAGUAGUCAAGAAAGUCGUCCUUAUCCGUAUAUUUGUCAACUUUGCAACAAAGGCUUCAAGCUCCCUUCCUCCCUGUCGAGUCACCUCAAAGUUCACACUGAAGUGCGUAAGCAUGCCUGCCCACAGUGUGGGAACACCUUCAAGAGAGCCGAACACCUGAGAAUUCACAUAAAUGGUGUCCAUUUGAAGCAACGACCGUACGAAUGUAGCCUCUGUGACAAAACUUUCGCCCAAUCCGGCGAUAGGAACAUCCACAUGCGACGCCACACAGGUGAGAAGCCCCACACGUGUACGUUCUGCAACAAAACCUUCAGACUGCUGAAAGCUAUGCGAGCACACGCUAGGAUACACACAGGUGAAAAACCCUACACCUGUGAUAUCUGCAAAGAGGACUUUAUGACCUACACAGCUCUUGCAAAUCACACCACGAAGCAUGAAGAUGGGACAUUGCCCGAGGCAAAGGAGGGAAAAGAUAAUAAUCAAGAAAGUGAAAUUCAUCAACUUAAAUAAAAUUAAACAAAAAAAAACUUUAAACAUUUAAAAAAUUGAUCAAAAAAAUAAAGGAAUGCGCCUUUUAGUUCAA